AUGUCUAGUCUUCCCGGAGAUUUGGUAGAAGAGAUACUGUGUCGCGUUCCAGCCACAUCCCUGAGCCAAUUACGGUAUGCAUGCAAGCAAUGGAACAAUAUAUUCAACAACAGGAGAUUCACAAGAAAACAUUCAGACAAAGCCGCAAAGCAGUUUCUGCUUCUCAUGUUGAAGCACGAUAAGGUUUGUUUGAUGAGAGUCAAUUUUUAUGGAGUUCCAUCUAUAGAGAUCAAAGGUGAACAUGGCCUAACUAAACCUCGAUCUAACUUCAAGAUUAAUGUAGUCUCUCACUGCGAAGGUUUAUUGUUAUGCAUCAACAAAAAAUACAGUAGAAUCGUGGUUUGGAACCCUUGUACUGGUCAAACCAAGUGGAUCCAACCAAAAAAGGGAGGUUGUUCUUUUGCUCUUGGAUCCUACCAAGACAAGAACUAUGGCGGUAAUAGCUACAAAAUCUUGUCUUGUCGUGGUAGCUACUACCAAAAGUUCGAAAUCUAUGAGCUUAACACUAAGGUAUGGAAGACUCAUGAUAUUACUUUGGAGUGCCAAUUGAAAUAUGUUAACCAUGGCAAGUCUUUGACGGGAAAGACUUACUGGUUUGCUUCAGCUCAUAAUGAGGAACAGCUUGGCAUGUUUUUAGUAAGUUUUGACUAUACAAGAGAAAUAUUCGAACGUUUGCUUCUUCCAUGUCAGUGUCUUUACCAUAAGGCCGUUUCUCUAAGCGUUGUUAGAGAAGAGAAACUUUCUGUUUUAUUACAGAAUGGAGAUGCACCAAGAACAGAGAUAUGGUUGACAAAUAAGAUUGAAGAAACCAAAGUUGUGUCGUGGAGCAAGUUUUUAACAGUGGAUUUGAAACCUCAUCAACUUCGUAUUUGGAACUUCACAGAUUUCUUGGUCGAUGAGGAGGAGAAACUUAUCGUGUUUUUUCCUUUUCCAUCGUGGUCCAAACAUGUGGUAUACAUUGUUGGAGAGGACAAUAAAGUAAAACAAGUGUAUUCUGGAUCCAUAUCGUCUGUGCCAAGUUUGUUCUAUUAUGUUCCAAGUUUGACUCAAAUCCAGCUGUGUAAUUAA